ACAUUCAAAACAAACUUACAGACCUCUUGCAACGGCUGACACGUACCAAAAUCAAAUACCAAUACAAAAUAAAAUAAAAAACAAAAUAACUUAAUUUUGAGAAACUUUUUGAGAUAAAGUUAUAUCUAGUAAAACUUAGUUUUUAUAAGUUAAUGUUUUCUAACGUAACUUUGUAAUUAAUUUGACGCAUGAAUACAAAUUUGUUGUAACACUUUCGUGUUGUAAUAUUAAUUAAAGAUGCGUCUCAUUAGGCACUUAAUUAGUGUGUGUGCAAUAGUGUUGUGCUAUAUACAGUUGACAAGUUCUGAGAAAGAAGCUGAAGAAAUACAAAAACUGUUUUCCAAAUGCAAAAUGAAAUCACCUGACUUCGAUGCAUGCAUGAAACGAGUUUUAAACAAACUGCGUCCGUACUUCAAAAGAGGUAUUCCGGAAAUGGGCGUUGCGCCGUUUGACCCCCAUUUUGCUAAAGAGGUGAAGCAGGUGCGCUCUAUCCUCGGCAUGGGAUAUACACUCUAUUUGAAAGACGUUUACGAGCGUGGCUGGUCGCAAUCUACAGUUACCAAAUUUAAAACCGAUUGGGAAAAUCAGCGAAUUAUCUACUCACAAUAUUUUCCUGAAAAGUGGCUAGAGGGAAAUUAUGAAUUUAAGGGCGAUCUUCUCGGAUUCGAAACCCUGCGGUCUGGGCGAUGGAACCUCACGUUACGAGACUACUCGCAGACGACGAGGAUCAAGCGAAACGGCAGCGGCGUUGAUGUCCACGUCGAAGUCGAUCAUAUAGGAGAUAUGGAUAUUCACGUCGGCAAUCUUUUGAGAGGCAGAAGUAUAAUGGAACAAGUACUGGAUCGAAUAAUAAAUGCAACUUGGAAGCCAGGCUUCGCAGUGAUACGUCCCCUGAUCAACGACCUCGUCAGCACUGCCUUCACUGAUAUCUGGAGCAAAUCUUUCAAAGACUUCCCAUUUAACUUAUUCAUUACUGAAGAGUGAAACCAACUUUAUUUAGCAGUAAUGUCAGCUCAUAUACCUCUUGUAAAAAUAAUGCUAGUUUUACACGCCUAGCAUAAAAUGUUAAUUAUUUAGUUGAUAUUUGUAACUAGUCUUUAGAAGUAAGUUUGUAUUGUUUUCAAACACAGAAAACUAAAUUGUACAGUCUUCAUAUCCCUUCAAAAUGUAUAUAUUUACGAUAUAUUUUGGAAAUAAAAGACAUUUUUAUAUUA